UAUUACUAUUAAAUUACUACUCCUAUUUUAAUAGUCAUUGUUUGACUGGCAAAGCAAAAUUACCAAAACUCCUAAUUUCCUUUCUCAUUCAAUAAAAGCUAGGGCAAGUAUUUGCUAAAACGCCUGCAACUCUUUCUUUUUUCUUCAGCCAACACUCCACACUUGGAUAUCCACUGCAGUCUAGACAUUGACAAUGGCAAUGGUAGAGCCGAGUUCUGCUUCCGUAGUUGUAGAAGGAACAUCUGAGGCCAAUGAGUCUACUUCCUCAUUGCAAAAGGAGGUUGAGGAGAAAGUUGAUGGCUUGACAUUGGAUGAGCCGACGACGACAGAAGCUGCAAAGAAGAAGAAGAAGAAAAACAAGAGCAAGAAGAAAAAGGAGCCACCUCAGCAAACUGAUCCACCUUCUAUUCCUGUAGCUGAGCUUUUUCCUUCUGGAGAAUAUCCAGAAGGUGAAAUUCAACAAUACAAAGAUGACAACUUGUGGAGGACUACAUCCGAGGAAAAGAGGGAAUUGGAGCGUCUGGAAAAACCAACUUAUAAUUCUGUCCGUCAAGCAGCAGAAGUUCAUCGUCAGGUUCGGAAAUACAUCAGGCAAAUUGCUAAGCCUGGGAUGUUAAUGAUUGACCUGUGUGAAACUUUGGAGAAUAUGGUUCGGAAAUUGAUAUCAGAGAACGGUCUUCAAGCUGGCAUUGCAUUCCCUACAGGAUGCUCAUUGAACUGGGUUGCAGCUCAUUGGACUCCCAAUUUGGGAGAUAAAACUGUGCUUCAGUAUGAUGAUGUAAUGAAAUUGGACUUUGGAACCCAUAUCGAUGGACGUAUUGUGGACUGUGCAUUUACUGUGGCUUUCAAUCCUAUGUUUGAUCCGCUGCUUGAAGCUUCACGGGAAGCCACAAAUACUGGCAUUAAGGAAGCAGGGAUUGAUGUACGCCUUUGUGAUGUUGGUGCUGCAAUCCAAGAGGUUAUGGAAUCCUAUGAAGUCGAAAUCAACGGGAAGUUGUUCCAAGUUAAGAGCAUCCGAAAUCUGAAUGGGCACAGUGUUGGGCAGUAUCAAAUCCAUGCAGGAAAGUCUGUUCCAAUUGUUAAAGGAGGAGAACAAACCAAAAUGGAAGAGGGUGAAUUUUAUGCAAUUGAGACCUUUGGAUCAACAGGAAAGGGAUAUGUGAGGGAAGAUCUAGAAUGCAGCCAUUAUAUGAAAAACUUUGAUAUCGGACACAUUCCAUUGCGGCUACCCAGAGCUAAACAACUGCUGGCAACAAUAAAUAAGAAUUUCUCGACAUUGGCAUUCUGCAGACGUUAUCUAGACCGCCUUGGUGAGACAAAAUAUCUGAUGGCAUUGAAGAACUUAUGUGAUGCUGGAAUUGUUCAGCCAUAUCCUCCACUUUGUGAUAUUAAAGGGAGCUAUGUAUCUCAGUUUGAGCACACCAUUUUACUUCGUCCGACUUGCAAAGAGGUGGUAUCGAGAGGCGAUGACUAUUAAACGAUAUAAAUCUCGUGUAUGGUUUGUAUUCUGGAAUUCAGUGAAGAAAAAGGACUAUUUUUUUUCCCGUAUGCUUCUCGUCGUGUAGCGUCGUACUUCUGUGAGAGGGGAUAUCCUAGCUUUUAAUGAAUCAAUACAGAAAAUGGAAAAAAAUGGAGAUCAUAGAAUAAACUGUUAGAUCAAUUCCUCAAAGGCCUCUCUUUGUUGUGUGUUUAAACUUUUAUUGAAUUCUUUUCCAUUUUACAUAGAAUAUUGAAGUUUGAAGUAAA